AAACAAUCAUUUCUUUUACGUUCUUCGAUCAACAGCAACAGGUUCUAAGUACGAAGAAACCUCUUCAGCAGCAGCCAUUGUAUCUUCAACGCGCGGGUCGCGAUCAGUUCAUAAAGUAUCUGAUAAACCAUCUUCUGUUCUGCAUAUUUUAAUAUUUUAAUAUUGACAUACUUGCGAUGAAAAUUUCGAUCGAAUUUACUUAAGAUACAAAAAUGCCUGCACCAGAACUUGCUGAUUGCCAUAGUCGCAAAGCCAACUUUAAAUUCAAUUAUAAACAUGAAGAAGCACGUAGAAGGAGAAGUGAAAUCUCUGUGGAGUUACGUAAAGCUAGGAAAGAUGAACAAUUACAAAAACGACGGAAUUUGAAUAUAGGCAAAGAAUCACGAAAUUCUGCAAGUGAAAAUAAUCAUUCGAUUCUUUCUACAUCUAUAGAUGAAAUUGUUAAUGGUAUGAAAUCUUCGGACGAAACAAUUCAACUUCAAGCGACGCAAGGUUGUAGAAAAAUGUUAAGCCGUGAAAAGAAUCCCCCUAUAGACAGUAUGAUUCAGUGUGGAAUUGUUCCGCUAUGUGUUGCAUUUUUGGAUUAUCAUCAUAACGCUGCAUUACAAUUUGAGGCAGCGUGGGCUCUAACAAAUGUAGCAUCUGGUACAUCAGAACAAACUCACGUUGUUGUUAAACAUGGCGCUAUACAAAAAUUGGUUGCAUUACUUAAAUCUGCAUCACCCAAUGUUGCUGAACAAGCUGUAUGGGCACUUGGAAACAUUGCUGGAGAUGGACCAGUAGCUCGGGAUCUUGUUCUCGCAUAUGAUGCUAUGCCACUUUUACUAGAAUUAAUUAAACCGGACACUGCUGUAACAUUUACACGUAACAUUGUUUGGACUCUGUCAAAUUUGUGUCGUAAUAAAAAUCCUCCACCCCCAUUCAACGUUGUAAGAACUGCUCUUCCAGUAUUAAAUCGUUUACUUAGUAAUAAUGAUAAAGAUAUACUUGCUGAUGCUUGCUGGGCCCUUUCAUAUCUUACUGAUGGUUCUAACGAUAAAAUACAAGCGGUCGUUGAAUGUGGAGUUAUUCCGAAACUCGUACAAUUACUAAAUUCAACUGAAGUGACAGUUUUAACACCAGCGCUUCGAGCUGUGGGAAAUAUAGUUACAGGAAAUGACACGCAAACUGAUGCAAUAAUAUCGGCAGGUGGUUUGCAAUAUUUGGGAUUAUUAUUACAACAUCAUCGUACUAAUAUUGUUAAAGAAGCAGCAUGGACUAUUAGUAAUAUCACUGCUGGAACCAUGGAACAAAUUCAACAUGUCAUAAGUGCUGGAUUAUUACCGCCUCUAAUACACGUUCUAGAGUGUGGAGAUUUUAAAUCUCAAAAAGAGGCAGCAUGGGCAGUAACAAAUUUAACUACAAGUGGAUCAGUACAACAAUUAUCCCACCUAGUAGAAUUGGGAGUGCUUGCACCAUUCUGCAAUCUUCUGGAAGCUAAAGAUUGGAAAACAAUAAUUGUUGUUCUUGACGGUUUAACUAAUAUUUGUAACGCAGCAGAUAGAAUGGGAGAGAUUGAACGAAUAGCUAUUAUGAUAGAAGAAAUUGGUGGUUUGGAUAAAUUGGAAAAUUUACAACAUCAUGAUGUGGAACAAGUCUAUCAAAAAGCUACCGCAAUGAUAGAUACUUUCUUCUCAGAACCGGAUGCACAGGAACCAAUAUUGACAACAUCUGUAGCUGAUACUCAGUUGGAGUUUAAAGCAAAUGAGACAGCACAAAAGGGUUUCAAUUUUUAAAAUUCCUUAAUCAGUUUUGUCAUUUAAUAUGUUAGAGUGUGUUUCAGUUCAUUUUGUAAAUAGGUUUACAUUUUUUCGUCGUUGCAAAUGAAUAUUAAAGACAAUUUUUGCCCCUUU